AUGACCACGUCGUUUUCGUCAAAUUAUCUUGACCUUGUGAUUGCCGUCGAGUAUGAAAAACAGUUUCAAAUUGCGUCCGAUCCUGAGCGUUUUUCGCUGAAGUUGAUCAACAAUCAUGGGAACAACGACAUCGGUGCUGCAGAGUGCUACGAUGACCUGAGGAAGGAAAUUGAGAUGUAUAACCACGGCGGGCGCACUACGUAUGGGAACCAGGAAUACACGAUGUGGUUGGAAAGUUUCUACGAACGUGUUAGGCUCUACUCCCUAGAUACACUUGACACGCGUUUCACAACCUCGUCGAACACGCCGCUAAAGGCCCUCCUUGCCAGCGAAUCCCGAGCAACCGCUGCGGAUAAUGGAGUGUUGGGACAGACGGACUCGAAGGAGCCUGAGAGCGGAAGCGGGGUGCGGACGAAAAUGCAGACACAUACACAAUUGGGAGAAGUCCGGGAAGGUGGUUUUUCUGGCCGUUCGCUAACGACGUCCCCGCCGCGUUGGAAAACAGUCGAGUUUUAUGUCUAUUAUGUCGUGUUACUUAUUGCGCUGCCAAUGAUGUUUAAGGCUGCCUAUGAUGUUUCGAAGGACGAUGGCUGGCUUAUGGGCCGGAAAGUCGACAAUUCCGACUCACAAUAUGGGACCUUUCGCGAUAACAUCCCCUAUCUUUUCCUGCUCUUGGUGAUCCAUCCUUUAAUCCGGAGAGCAAUAGAUACCUUUUUCCCUUCAACAAGCACGAAUUCGCGCUCUCCUCAAUCUAGUAAAAUCAAAGACGAUGCGAUCACCGGAUAUGAUUCAGUGACUGCCGACUUGCGCCUGAAACGGAGAGUGAUCUUUGAUUAUUACUUUGCCUUGGUAUUUAUUGCUGCCUUGCACGGGUUUUCAGCUCUCAAGGUUCUGGCAAUUCUCACCAUUAAUUAUAAUAUUGCGACAAAAUUACCAAGGAACAGGAUUCCAGUUGCGACAUGGGUGUUUAACAUUGGGAUAUUAUUCGCGAAUGAAUUGUCCAAUGGAUAUCCCUAUGUAAACUUAGCGAGAAUGCUUACUUGGACAUCUUCUGCCUCAACUACAGGGCAAGUUAAUGUGCUAGUUUCCUUCGGGAAAUGGCUAGACAGCUGUGGCGGUUUGAUCCCAAGAUGGGACAUUCUUUUCAACCUCACGAAUACAAACUCUGGGCCCCUCCCUAACGCGCAAAAGAAGAAACAACUUGACCCCUCCGCCCUGUCUGAGCGCGAUCGUGUGUCUAUCCCUGCCCAUCGAAGCGCGUUCAACUUCACAAACUACGUCGCCUACGCUCUCUACUCUCCCCUCUACCUUACUGGUCCCAUCGUCACUUUCAACGACUACAUCUCACAACAACGCUACCCAUCCGCCUCAAUAACUAAAACCCGUUAUUUCAACCUGCACCACAUCUGGCUUAAACUGCUGUUGCCCUGGCGCUUCGCUCGUCUUUGGGCACUUAUAGACGGCGUUGAUCCUCCCGAAAACAUGGUCCGCUGUAUGUCAGACAACUACUCGGCUCUCGCCUUCUGGCGUGGUUGGCACCGCUCUUUCAACCGGUGGAUCGUCAGAUAUCUAUAUGUGCCCCUAGGUGGCGGUGGUGAUAGAUGCGCCAGAACUGGUACAAGCAACGUCAACCGCGAUAGUGGUCUGACUUCUCCCAUCCUUGCCAAAGCGCGCAGUCUCCUCAAUUUCCUCCUCGUUUUCACUUUUGUCGCGCUGUGGCACGACAUCAACCUCCGCCUGCUCAUGUGGGGUUGGCUCAUCACCCUCUUCGUGCUGCCUGAAAUAAUCGGCACAACAUUAUUCCCUGCACAUAAAUGGCGCGACCGGCCGACGGCGUAUCGCGUGCUGUGUGGCGCGGGCACGGUCUUUAACAUCUUACCGAUGAUGGCGGCGAAUCUUGUUGGGUUUGCGCUGGGGCUUGACGGCUUAAAGGGGCUUGUGAGUGGGAUUGUGGGUAGCCUGGGUGGGCUGGUAUAUCUUAUCGCCGCAUGUUUGAGUCUAUUUGUGGGCGUGCAGCUCAUGUUUGAGAUUCGGGAGGGGGAGUUGAGGAUGGGGAUAAAUAUGAAGUGUUAA